UGUAUUUGUAUGUGAAGUGCAAGUGAAUAAGGAAAACAUUUGGCACGGACAAAACCGCUUAACGCUUAAGCCAAUAAUAUAAUCCAAUGUGUUAACAGAAUAAGGAAAUACAACAUCGUAGGGUAUUCAGUUCAAAUUCGAGCAGCUUUACAAUUGCACACAUACGCGCACACACACACACACAUAGAUUUACAUCUUGAUAGAUCAGCCCCAGGGUGAGGUGCUGACUUUUCAUUCGCAGCGAUUAGAUGCAUAUUCAGCUCAUCAGUCGGCUCGGUCGGCGGUUGGGACAAAAUGCUCUGGUUGGCAUUACUGCUGGUUGGCAUACCCUGCCUGCUGCUGUGGGAUUACAUGCGCCGGAAGAGGCGCAACGAUAUGCUGCAUUAUAUGCCGGGGCCGGCGACAUUGCCGUUUCUAGGGAAUGUGCUCCUCUAUCGCGGCAUCGACGGCGAACGUGAGUGCCUGACGAAUCCAUUCGUGCUGCGGCUGGAACAGUCGAUUGCGUGUACCGUUUACCGUUUGCAGGCAUAUGGUCGCAUGUACCGCAUCUGGGCGCUCUAUCAGCUGGCCAUCUUCUCCACCGAUCCGCGUGAUGUGCAGUUCGUCUUGAGCAGUCCACAGUUAAUCACAAAGAACAAUUUGUACAAUCUGCUGCGGCCCUGGUUGGGCACCGGCCUCCUGAUGAGCACUGGCAGCAAAUGGCGUGCUCGACGCAAAAUCAUUACGCCCACCUUCCAUUUCAAGAUACUCGAGCGGUUCGUGGACAUCUUCGAUCAGCAGAGCACCAUAUUGGUGCUGCAGCUGCAGCAGCAUGCCGAUGGCCGAACUCCGCUCAACAUAUUCCCCUUCAUUUUUCUAGCCGCACUCGAUAUUAUAGCAGAAACCGCCAUGGGCACCAAAGUAAAUGCACAGAGGGAUCCGCACUUGCCAUAUGUGCAGGAUGUAUAUGAGUUAACGAGCAUCAUGACAGACCGGUUUAUAAAGCCAUGGCAGCGCAAUGAAUGGAUAUUUCGUUUGUUGAAGCCAACGCUGGCCAAGAAGCAGGAUGCGCUGAUCAGAAUAAUGCACGAGUUUACCGAGUGCAUCAUUAAGCAGCGACGCGAGGCGCUCGUCCAAAAGCAGCAGCAGCAGCAGCAGCUAAAGAGUGGCGAUGAGGGCGACGUUCCGGGUCAAAGGCGUCGCUUGGCGCUGCUGGAUGUGCUGCUGCAGGCCAUCGCGUUGAAUGGCGCGCCGCUGAGCGAUGAAGAGAUACGUGAAGAGGUGGACACGUUCAUGUUCGAGGGCCAUGACACAACCACAAGCGGCAUAUCCUUCUGUCUCUACGAGAUCUCACGCCAUGCGGCCGUGCAGCAGCGCCUGAUCGAUGAGAUUGACAAGGUGUUCGGCGGCGACAGGCAACGCGCGUUGACGCUGCGCGAUCUAAACGACCUCAAGUAUUUGGAGUGUGUAAUCAAGGAGGCGUUGCGUCUGUAUCCAUCCGUGCCCAUCAUAGCGCGCACCUUUAGCGAGGAUGUGCAGAUACGCGGCAAACGCAUUCCCGCCGGCACCGAUUUCUUUGUGGGCAUCUUUGCGCUGCUAAGGGAUGCACGCGAAUUCCAGGCGCCCAAUGAAUUUCGGCCCGAGCGCUUUGCCAGCGACGUGGACACGACACAAACGUCGCCACAUCGGCUGCAUCCAUAUGCCCAUGUGCUCUCGGCGAAGUUCGCCAUGCUCGAGAUGAAGUGCACCAUUUGCAGGCUGCUGCAGCGUUUCCAGCUGCUGCCGUUGGGCCCACAGCCGCGGCCCAUGCUCAGUCUUGUCCUGCGCUCCGUAAAUGGCGUGCAUCUGGGCCUGCGUCCAUGCCUGGAUAAAUAUUCCAAUUUUGAUAUCACAGAGUCGAGCAAAUUAUACAAAUCUAUUCAAUUUGGUUUUGGUAAAUCCUUUAUGCUUCACAGAGUAUACAAGGAUGCUGCUCAUAUUGUUGGUGAUUGCUUUGCUAGUUUUUUUGCUGCGCUUUCUGUUGCAACUGUUUUGGACGGAGCGCCGGCACCGCCAACAGCUGGAGGCCGUGGCGCCCAAUGUAUCCCAGGUGCCGCUCAUUGGCACGCUCUGGCAGAUGCGCGACUUUCAGCCGGAUAUUGUUUAAUUGCAGAUUUACACGAGAAGUUUGCGGCAUAUGUGAAGCGUUACGGGCGCAGCUUUGUGGCCACCACAUGCGGUCGCAUGGUGCUGGUAACCGCCGAGCCGAGGCAUGCGGAUGCGCUGCUCCUGAGCAAACAGCAGCUGCGAAAGAGCGUCGUUUAUGGCGCACUCGGCGGCUGGCUGGGCAACGGUUUGCUGCUCAGUCGCGGCGAUCGCUGGCAUGCCAUGCGCAAGAUCAUAACGCCCACAUUUCACUUUAGCAUACUGGAGCAGUACAUCGAGGUGUUCGAUAGGCAGUGCAACGUGCUGGUGGACAGACUGCAGCCGCUGGCCGCGAACAGCAAUCGGCCGCAGGCGUUCAAUAUCUAUCCGUAUAUGUGCCUGGCUGCGCUGGACAUCAUCAGCGAGGCGGCGAUGGGCGUCAGUGUCGAUGCGCAGCGGAAUGUGGAUGCGCCGGUUGUGCAGGCUGUCAAAGACGUGACCAACAUACUGGCGACACGUUUCAUGCGACCGCAUCUGUUGCCGCCGCUGCUGUUUCGCUUGCUCUGGCCCAGUGGCCAUCGCAAACAGUGGGACGGUGUCAAGUGCCUGCACAGCUUCACCGACGACAUCAUCAGGCGGCGGCGUCAGCUGUUGCUGCACGAGCAGCAGCUGGGCAAACGGUCUGCCCUAUUGGAUACAUUGCUGCAGGCACGCCUCGAGGGCGCACCGCUGACAGACGCACAGAUACGCGAUGAGGUGAGCACGUUCAUCUUUGCCGGUCACGAUACGACCACGUCGGCCGCCUCCUUCUGUCUGUUUCUGUUGUCGCGCCAUGCGUCCGUGCAGCGACGUUUGUUCGAGGAGCUGCAUGCCCACUAUGGGCCCGCUGUGGAUCGUCCGGUCAUCUAUGGCGACUUUGCGGAUCUGCCCUAUUUGCACUGCGUGAUCAAGGAGUCGCUGCGUCUGUAUCCGCCCAUACCGGCCGUGGGUCGUUGCCUGGAAAGCGAUUUGAUGUUGGCAGAUGGGGCACACCUGGUGCCUGCGGGCACCAAUGUCAUCGUGCUACUGUGGCAGCUGCUGCACGACGAGCAGCUGUACGAGGAUCCGUUGCGCUUCUGGCCGGAGCGGCAUUUGGACAGCCAUAAAACGGCCGAGGCUGGCGCCGCCAGAGCCUGCUCCAGCUAUAUACCCUUCAGCGCUGGUCCGCGCAAUUGCAUUGGGCAGCGCUUUGCGCUGCUGGAGCUGAAGACAAUUGUCAUCAAGAUGUUGCGGCAUUUCGAGCUGCUGCCGCUUGGUGUCGAUGUGAAGCCUUCGAUUAAAAUUGUGCUGCGCUCCGCCACGGGCGUUAAUUUGGGCUUAAAGAAGCGUUCGUAUGCGAAUUGAAUGCGAUUUAGUUGUUGCGUGGCGUCAAUAAUAAAUAUGUACAUAUCUUUGGGUUUGCUUCAAAAUACAAUAAAUUUAUCGGUCAUCGAUAGCUCAUCGA